UUUUACGAUCGUCAUGUGGCUAACUUUUAGAUCUUGUGCUGGCCGCAAAAUGUCCGUUGACGAGUUUUUUAAAAGGAAAUGCGGUAAUUUUGGAGAGCUAGCGGAUGGUGCUGUUGAAAGGCCAAGUUUAGGACUGUCUGUGAAUAGUCCCAAAAAGACAAGUCAUCUUAUACCGUUGGUUGAUUCAACUAUAAUAACAGAAACAUCCUCUGUUGGUUCAAUUGAUGCUAAGAAUAAAACUAUACAAAACAAUCCAAGUGUGAUGAAAGAUGUAGAAGAACAGAGUAUUAUGAGUUUAACUAGUAUUGCUCAAGCACUGCAGGAUAUUGACAGUGGUACGCCACGAAGAUUGGUGGAUCAACUUAUAAUGGCAAAGAAAAAGAAGAAAUCUACACAAACCAAAGAAGAAGCAAAUCGGGAUACUUACACGUUAUUACCUUCAACUAGGAAGUCCAUGCCUGCAGCCUCAAGUAGAAACUUGGAGAGUUUUGAAAAAGAUAUUGCAUUGUUAAAUCUUUCUUCCAAACUGUCUUUAGAUAGCAAAAUUCCGAGUGAAACGUUAGGUGUUAAACAAUCAGUAUCAAGUAUGUUAUCCUUGAAUUCUAACGUGGGUGCAAAAGGGAACUUUAAGACUACUUGUCCGGAGCUUAAAAAAGAAAUAAGUAAUGGAAAUUUAACAUCGCCAUAUAAUCAAGAGCAAAACAUGUCAUCUUGUGUUUCAAAAAUUAAUGUAAAACAGAAGCAAGAGAAACAAUCUAUUAAUUCGAAAAUUGAAGAAAUGGAGAAGAAAGGAAAUAUAAAAGAAGAAAAUAUUUCUUAUAAAGAUAAAACAGAGUCUUUUGUACGAGAGUAUUCAAAUUCUGAAGGAAUUGAAUCUCAGUUAAAUAAUGUUGUCAUUGGUAAAAGCACAGAGGAAUUGUGUAACUGUAUCGUCGGUUUACCGAACGAAACUGACAUCGAACUUGUAAAUAAAAGCGAUAGAUGGGUUAUAUGCGGCUUGAGUCUCAGUCAAGUUCAAGGUGAUAAGCAAAAUAUUCAACUUGUAUUACCAAACGAUGUCAUACUUAUCAAACCGAAUUCAGAACAAAAGGCGAAGAUCAAUGUGACAGUUGCUAAAAUGUGUAAACCGAUUAUAGCAGUUUUAAAUAUAACAGUCUCAGACAUGGUAACCAGAUCUGAAUGGAUCAUGAAGCAUCUAAUUUGCUUCAAACCCGAAGAGUUAAAUGUAAUUAUUUCAAACCCAUCUCAGAAGAACGAAUUAGAUUUUCAAUGCAUUAUUGAAAGUAGCACGGCCGACCUUCCUAUUACUAUUAAGAACAAAAAUAGCGUUGAUAUAUGCCUGAGGCUUUCUAUAUCACAGGAUGAACCAUUGGUAUUUGGCUUGGAAAAUUUUAGUCAAGUGCAACGCGUGACACUAAAAUCCCAGGGAAGUAUAACUGUAAAUGUUCAGUGUAAAGGUGUUCUACAGAAACAUUCAGAUCCAGCUCAAAGAUCUUUGGAGCAUUACGAUGGUAAUCUGAUAAUCCAGGCAGAAUACGGCCUUGAUGACACUAUGAUAAUAAAGGAAAUAGCCCUAGUUGCACAAGUAGGAGUCUGUAAGAUACAAGUAGUCGACACAGACCUACCUUUUGUUGUGUUAAAUAAACAAAGUAAACCGAUGAAUGUCAUCAAUAAUGGGAAUAUGCCGGUAUGGGUAUCUGCUUCGUUCGUAGACAUGGAUUCUAGAAAAAGUUCCAAGUAUUUCAGUGUUCAACCCGAGAAUUUACUUUUACAACCCAACAAGGCUGGUUGUUUUAAUGUUGCAUAUAAAUCACAAAAUACGGAUGCAUCGAAAAUGGUUACAAAAAUUCAAUUCAAGGUUGCCAAUAAUGUGUACGAGUACUCUGUAUAUGGAGAGUCAAGUAAUUACCAGGAAACACAAAAUGAGCCGUAUCUUCGCUGUGAAACUCCCCAGAUUUUAUCAUCUGUUAGUUCUCCAUCGUCUCCCCAUAGUGUGAUCUCAAACAAGUCUGGAACGUCCGGAAGAAAUUCCCCAUUAAGUUCAGUAUCAGGCUCAACAGUUGCUGGUGAGAAAAUCCCUAUAAGAACAACUCACGCCGCUUUAGUGUGGAAUAGCAUAAAAGCGGGAAAAUCUGAUGUUAAGGAGUUUACUAUUCGCAACAUCAGUAAUAACAAGAUAAAGCUUCAGGCUAUUAUAUCUGACAACGAGAAGAACUUUCGUUUUUUGCGAGACCGACAUGUGGGUGGUACAAGUAUAGUCCUGGUGUUACAAGGUUCAGAAAGCAGAACAUUGUCAGUUGCAUUUAAUCCUCAUCAUCUGGGUGCAGCUACUGGUAAAAUAAUAUUCAGACAUUAUGAACCCAGAAGGGACGACAGUGAAUCUCGGCCGUCAAAAUUGUUAUUUUUGUAUGGUUAUGGUGGCUACAGCAGGGUCGAAAUUUUUGAAGCAUAUAAAGAUACAAGUGGAAAAAUGUGGCUGUCUCUUGGUACACUAAAUUCUGGUGGUUCUUUAAGCGCAAAACUCAGAUUGCAAAACACUGGUGAUCUGUGUUCAUAUGUUAAAAUAAAAUUAAUACCAAAAGCUGUGUAUCCUUCUAUGGUUUCGAGUUGGCGCGUAAAUCCUACCGAGUUAAUAUUAAAUCCAAAAGAAACGCAAUGGGUAACUUUGGAAUUUCAUCCGCGAAAAGAAGAUUUAGCAUUGUUGCGACGAUCGGACGUAUCUCAUGUAGGAACAAUACUCAUUACCCAUGGGGAUGAACCCUCACGGUGGCGAAUUCGUAGAUUAUAUAACAAGAUGAAGGAGACUGGCGAAUUAAGUGGAAGUGAAAAUGAAGCAUUUAAGAAUAUAGUUCAACCGAUAUGCAAAGUUUUCCCUGGAGAACAAUUGAUGUCGGACAUAAACACUAUCCGAGAUUCAGUGCAAAAUCUGGGAGACCUAUGUCGGGGAAUCUGGCAACAUGAAGUUAUGCUAACGAUGGAAGUGUGUGCUGAUGAAACCUUAUCGGUCCUUCACGAUAAUGCUGACGAGUCUCAAAUGUUUUAUUCUCUCUGUAGUGAUAAUAGUCACAUAUAUGAUGGAAAUGGCGAAAGUUUUCUACCUUCCGAUACGCUCUUAGCGAACAGUACGUUUCAACAUGCGAUAAAUGUCGGUCAUUUCAUAGUUACGCCAAAUACUGUAAUUUUAACUCCACCAACAAAAAUGGAAGCGAUUGUAACUAUAAAAACUACCUGUACUGUCGCCCAAGUAUUUGAUACUGCUUUGUCAAAUACAGAAUACUUAAGCGUUAUGCCCGCGGAAGGUAUGAUACCCACAAGAAGAGAUUUUCAAUUAAAGAUACAAUGCAAACGAAAAAUCGAUCGCAGCUUUAACGCAGUGCUCGAGAUUUAUACAGAGAAUAACAAACUGGAUGUACAAAUAAAAGUGAACGUUAAACGAAUGUAAAUUGCUCCAUUAAAGUUAAUACUUUUAUCUAAUAUUUAUUAGUCAGCAUAUAGCUAUAAUUUUACAUUUUUAUAUGAACAAUAUAUUUUAUUACGAAUAAACAAAUUUU